GAAAGCGAAGCUGAGGGUCUUCACAUCAAAGGAGUGCAGUGGGCUGCAUAGCAUAAAACAUGGGAGGCAAAAGCGACUUUCACGUUCAUCACUUUAGUUUUGUUCACCAGUAUUCUAAAAUCGAUUAAAUGCUACAAGUGCUGCAUUAGUAGCUAUGGAUAAACCCGAGGCAUGCGAUCCGUACAGUCGACCAGCGCGCAGGACACAAUGGAUAGUAAGCACUUUGGCUUACCAUUAUGGAUUAGAUCGAGGAGUUGAGAAUGAAAUUAUAGUUCUGGCUACCGGUUUAGACCAAUACUUGCAGGAGAUAUUUCACCAUAUGGACUGCCAGGGAGACGGUAAGAUUCCUGCCGAAGACUUUCAUAUUCUUUGCGAAGUUUUGGGGUUGAAUAAAGAAACGGACCUGGAAGAAUGCGCUGGGAUCCUGGAGAACAUACCCAAAGAGUUUACCUUCAGGCAGUUUCAUGCCAAACUCUGUGGCUACUUCAGCACCAAAGCGGGGUGCCAGUACGAGAAUGGGAGGUUGCUCGUGGGCAAAGAAAGCGAGCAUAUCGAGACGCAGAUACGUCUAAGAAGCCCGUUGAGGCGGAGAGAGAAGUCGCUGUUAGUGGGCGCCAAAGGGAGAAGGAGCAGAGGGUCUUCGCCCGUCCCAGAUCGGCACACAUCCGACUGCAGGCAACUGGGCACAUGUACUCGGGAGUGUUAUGAGGAAAUCGUGGCUCUGGAAGAAGCCGAGGACAGGAUAACAAAACUCGAGGACGAGAAUGCAAGUCUGAGGGAGCUGGUGGAAGACAUGCGGGCAGCGCUUCAAAGUAGUGAUGCCCGUUCGUUGGCACUACAGGUAGGGCUAUGGAAAAGCCACUCUAAACAUAAACAAGAGGGAGGGUGUUUCAUUGGCCAUCAUAGACUCGCCACUCAGAAGAGCAGCACCCAUGGAAACACAAAGAGCCUUCAGAGUUUUGUGCGAGAGAUUGAGCUGCUCCGUAGCUCACGGGACGGGCAGAUCGAAGAGGCCAUGCUCUUCAACAAGAAGCUGGAGAAGGAGCUGAGGAGGUCGCAGGAGGCCUUGCUCGCGCUGGAAAACUGCAACAGAAAGCUGAAGCGGGAGCAGGCAGCCAUGAGGAAGAAGGUGGAGGAGGCCAGACAGGCGGUGCUCAGCGGCCUGGGCAAAGUCAAAGACCUGGAAGUCAAAGCCAGUCAUGUCCCGCUGCUCCAGAGACACAUCCAGCAGCUGGAGUCAGAGCUCCAUUAUUACAGGCUGGAGCUGUCCAAGCUCCAGGUCCCGAGCAGUAGUGCAGGGGAACACCAGUACAGUGGUGCCAGCGGGCCGGGCCGGAGAUGCUGUCUGAACACCCAGCAUGACCGCUGCUCCCCGACAGGUCGAGCCGAGACCGCGUCAGAAAACAUGGAGGAGCAGCUCUUUCGCUCAGUGGAGGGUCAGGCAGCAUCUGACGAGGAGGAGGAGAAGUGGACAGGGGAGCAGCAGAGUCAGGUGGAUGAGGUGAAGAGGAUCCUGACCAGACUGUCUUGUUGUGGAGACAGGUGUGAUGAUAAGGCAGUGAAGAAGCUCCUGUCACACUUUGGGGGCUCGAGGAGUGAGGAGAGCCAGGCGGCCGUGGUGGAGCUGCUGGAGAAAGUCACCCGGCUUAACAAGCAGCUGGAACUGAAGGAGAACGAGGCCCGCAAGGCGGAGAUGGACAUGGACCAGAUGAAGGACUCAUUGGUGCUUGAGCUGCAGCAGAAGGCGGAGGAGACUGAACACCUCCACAUGGAGCUGCAGAUGCUGGAGACGGAGAGGGUGCGUCUGUCCCUGGUGGAGGAGAAGCUCAUGGAUGUGCUGCAGCUCUUGCAGCAACUGCGAGAUCUGAAUGUUUCCAGGAGGUCUCUUGGGAAAAUCUUGUUGAGCACAUUGGAGUCCUGUAGUGACCCUCAGCAUGGGAAGGCUCACAUUCUGGAAGUGCUGAAUGCUCUCUAUCAUGAACUGGCUGCUUGUGAGCUGCUCUCCAGCACACCCCCGGAACGAACACAGAGUCACCAGUCUCUGACUAACGCACUCCUCAUCUCCUGCUGACCAAGCCUGCCACCUGCUGGCAGGUUUCCUUCAUAGCACUUUUCAAUGUAAAAAGAAGAAUUGAACCGGCAUUGUUCAACCACUCUGAAUACCUUGCUGGCCUUUUUGUCCUCUAGUGGUUAACCAAUGUUUCUGAUGGAAGAUGUGGAGAGCUGCUGAAUGAGCGAGUGAAUGACUGAGCGAGUGAGAGGCGCGUCAUAUUUUUUACUGCUACUUCUGCCCAGAGAAAAGGGGUGCAAUUUCUCCUCUAAAUGUCAAGUGUUAACCCCAUCAGACUGAAAGUCUGGGUAAAUAUAUUACUGGUGUAUAUCAUGAUAAUGUGUAUCUCAUUUUACAAGAAACCCAUCCUGAGGUUUCUGACUUUUUAAGUGAGACAGACAUUACAGGGA